AUUCAAUGAUUAAUUUAAAAUAAUAGUUAUUAAAAUUUUAGCUGGAAUAUUUCCUGUACCUGAUUAUUUAAAUCCAUCAGUAGUUGAUCUUCUUCAAAAAAUGCUCACAGUUGAUCCAGUACGUCGUGCAACAAUAAAAGAUAUUCGGUAAUUUAGUUAAUAUAUUUAUUUAAAAAGAAUUUUUUUUUUUUUUUUUUUUUUUUUUUUUUUUUUCUUCUUUAACACAAACUUUAUUUCCUUUUUUUUUUUUUUCACAUAUUAAUAUUUUAACC